AUGGCCAAGUUCUCGACGAGAUGUGUGAUUGCGUGUCUGCUGACAGUCGCAAUGUGCCUGCUACAGUAUAACCUCUUCUUCCGGAAUUUCAAAUUCAAAUUGUGGAAAGAGAGAGACUUGAAGGCAAGCAAAACAAUCGAGAAAAGGUUAGAAUCCACUUUCUUUUCUGAUUCAAACUCAUGCAAAACUGUUUCCAGAUUACCAUCGGCCCUGAUCGUCGGAGUUCGGAAAGGGGGUACUCGUGCCUUGUUGGACGCAGUCGCCCUCCAUCCGAAAGUUCGAAUUGUUCGGAAGGAAACGCACUUUUUCGACUCGAAUUACUCACUUGGAUUCGAUUGGUACCGUGAUCAGAUGCCCGACGUUGAGAGUGAGGACGAGGUGAUUCUGGAGAAAACGCCUGCGUAUUUCACAAACGAACACGUUCCGAGGAGGGUGUUUGAAAUGAAUCCGGACAUGAAACUGAUUCUGAUCGUGAGACAUCCGGUCUACAGGACGGUCAGUGAUUUUACACAGGUAGGUGGUGUUUUAUAAAUACUAGAACACCCCUGAUAUUCAGGUUUACUACAACAAGUUAGAACAGAACAAGACACUUCCAGUCCUAUCUUUGGAAGCAUUUCGUUCAGACGAAGAGGGCCGCGAAAUGAUAAAUAUGGAGUACAAACCGAUGACGAACUCGCUCUACGACAUUCACAUUUCGAAGUGGCUCAAGUUCUUCAAAGUUCACAACUUUCUAUUUGUGAAUGGAGACGUUUUUCGGGCCAAUCCGUUGCACGAAGUGAGCACAAACAUUACAUUUGAAACGAUGAAAUAGAACGUUUCAGUUGCGAAGAGUUGAAGAGUUUCUGGGACUGGAACGGGCGAUAACUCCCAGUCAACUGGUAUUCGAUUACAAAAAAGGAUUCUUCUGCUUUCGAAAAACCACGAGAAUACGAUGUUUGGGAGAAACGAAAGGUACGUGUAUUCUGCAAUGAUUUUAUUCAAUGGUGUCAAACUUUCAGGUCGAAAGCACCGAUCUGUGAGCGAUGAAGUAGUGUUCAAGUUGUCCAAUAUGUUCGAAGAGCACAAUCAGAACUUUUUCCGGUUAAUUAACCGAACUUUCUCAUGGGAUUAG